AUGGUGCGGCUCCUUGCUGCUGUGGCCGGGGACAUGCGGCUCUGGUUUCUGCUGGUUCUGGUCUCGGUGGAGUUGGAGCUGGGAUCCGGGGUCUCCACCUUCCAGGGGUUCUACCUCCCACCUGCGAACGGGUCUCUGCUCGCACCUGCCCGGAGGACGGACGGGGUCGUGCGGACCGUGGACCGGAUCUACCACGGGGGGGGAAAGGUGGGCUACCUGCUGUACCUGGACGGGCGCCGCUUCCAGCUGGACCUGGAGCGGGACCAGGACCUGGACCUGGACCUGGAGCGGGACCAGGGGGGGGAGGGGGGGGAAUGCGCGUACCGGGGCACGGUGGACUCGCGCCCGGAGUCCCUGGCGGUGAUGCGCCUCUGUGGGGGGGGGCUGGAGGGCUUCUUCGCCCUGGAGCACGCGCGCUACACCAUCACCCCCAUAGUCCGGGCGCGCGGGCACGAGCACGACGCGCGCGCCCUGCAGGACGCGCACGCGGAGAGCGCGCUGCACGCGUUCACGCGCGAGAGCUUCCGCUUCGAGGCCGCGCGCGAGGGACGCGAGAGCUGCGGGACGCGCGAUCGGCGCAGGGGUCGCAGGCACGCGCACGGGGGGUCGUCGCGCCGGCACCGGGGGCGCGCACGGGACCAGGACGCUCACGGACGGACGGAACCGGAGCCGGGCGCGCACAGGGGGAAACGGGACCGGCACCGGGGGCGCGCUCGGGACCGGGACGCGCACGGACCGGAGCCGGGCGCGCGCAGGAGGAGGUCGGUGUCCCGCGCCCGGCACGUUGCGCUGCUCCUGGUGGCGGACGCGUCCAUGCUGCGGCAGCACGGCUCGGACCUGAACCACUACCUGCUCACCCUGGCCCACAUCGCCUCCAGGCUCUACGGACACGCCUCCAUCGAGAACCCGGUGCGCCUCUCCGUGGUCAGGGUGCUGACGGUGGCCGAGAGGGACAAAGGCCUGGAGGUCUCCAAGAACGCGGCGGCGACGCUCAAGAGCUUCUGCAAGUGGCAGAACCAGCAGAACCCGCUGGACCACGACCACCCGCAGCACCACGACGCCGCCAUCCUCUUCACCAGGCAGGACCUCUGCGGCCACCACUCCUGCGACACCCUGGGGAUGGCCGAUGUGGGAACCGUCUGCACGCCGGAGAGAAGCUGCGCCGUCAUCGAGGACGACGGGCUCCACGCUGCAUUCACUGUCGCUCACGAGAUAGGUCACCUGCUCGGCCUGUCCCACGACGACUCCAAGUUCUGCGAGGAGCGCUUCGGCGUGAACAGCGACAAGCGGCUCAUGUCCUCCAUCCUGACCUCCAUCGACGCCUCCAAGCCCUGGAGCCGCUGCACCUCGGCCACCAUCACCGACUUCUUCGACGACGGCAACGCCGAGUGUCUCCUGGAUUCUCCUCGCCAGCCCCUCCUCGGCUCCGAGGAGCUCCCGGGGCAGAGCUACGACGCCGUGCGCCAGUGCCGCCUGGCGUUCGGCCCCGAGUACACGGUCUGCCCGGGCAUGGACGUGUGCGCCCGGCUGUGGUGCGCUGUGAUCCGCCAGGGGCAGAUGGUGUGUCUGACCAAGAAGCUGCCGGCCGUGGAGGGGACGCCCUGCGGGAAGGGACGCAUCUGCCUGCAGGGGAAGUGUGCGGACAAGACCCGCAAGAGACUCUACUCGGUGUCCAACCAUGGCAGCUGGAGUUCCUGGGGUUCCUGGGGCGCGUGCUCCAGGACGUGCGGAGGGGGGGUGCAGUUCGCCCAGCGCCUGUGCAACAACCCGCCACCGCGGAACCACGGGCGCUACUGCACCGGGAAGAGAGCCAUCCACCGGUCCUGCAGCGUCACGCCGUGUCCUGCGUCCAGUAAGAGUUUCCGUCAGGAGCAGUGCGAGGUGCGGAACGGCCCCCAGACCGAUCCUAAAGGGGUGAAGACCUUCGUGGAGUGGGUGCCCAAAUACGCCGGAGUCCUCCCCAAGGACGUCUGCAAGCUGACCUGCCGAGCCAAGGGAACGGGAUACUACGUGGUGUUCGCUCAGAGGGUGGUGGAGGGGACGGAGUGUCGGCCGUACAGCAGCUCGGUGUGUGUGAAGGGGAAGUGUGUGAGGACCGGCUGCGACGGCAUCAUCGGCUCCAAGCUGCAGUUCGACAAGUGCGGUAUCUGCGGGGGGGACAGCACCGGGUGUCUGCGUGUGAUGGGCAACUUCACAAAGAAGAGUAAGGGCUACACCGACGUGGUGAAGAUCCCGGCCGGCUGCACCCACGUGAAGGUUCGCCAACACAAGGCCAAGGACCAGACCCGCUACUCCGCCUACCUGGCGCUCCGCCGGCCCAACGGCGAGUACCUCCUGAACGGCAAGUUCAUGAUCUCCACCUCGGAGACCAUCAUCCCGCUCAUCGGCUCGGUGCUGAACUACAGCGGGUGGAGCCAGAGGGACGAGUGGCUCCACAGCAUGGGCCCCGGGGCUCUCCAGGAAGCCUUGGUGGUGCAGAUCUUAGCCACGGACGCCAAGAAGCCUCUGGAUGUUCGUUACAGCUUCUUCAUGCCGCGCCGGACGGCCCCGCCGCCGCCGUCCGCUCCGCUCGUCCCCGUCCCGAAGGCCAUCACCACGCAGAGCACCACCACGGUCUCCACCACGACAAGAACCACCACCACCACCAGCACCACAUCCUCUGUCCUGGACCCGGGGCCAACCACAGCUCCGGGGCCCUCCACCCCGGCCCCGGGGCCCCAGUGGGUGACAGGUCCCUGGAUGAGCUGCACCCGGACGUGUGACACCGGCUGGCAGAGCCGGACGGUGCAGUGCAAGGACCCGGAGGGCAAACUGUCCAAAGGAUGCGUCCUGAGCGCUCGGCCCUCGGCCUUCAAACACUGUCUGGUGAGGAAAUGUUGAGGAGGCCUGAGAGCUGGAAAAACAGAUUUACGUGAGACGAGAAAAAGACGUUUUAACUUCUGAUGAAGGUCUCAAGUGCUGGAUGUAGGACCAAUGAAUGGACCAAUUUGAACCUUAAACUGGACAGUGAAUGUUGGCGCCUGGACUCGUCCGACAGACACUCACAGACACGUUGGCAUGGAUGUACCCGACUAUAUGCCAGAGGGAGUCCUGGUGGUUUCCCUAGGACAGAGACAGGUGCUGCCCUGGCAUAGCUAAGAACUUGAGUUGCAUGUCAUCUCCACACGGACAACAACUGAUUGUCUUUACCUCCGAUCCCCUGGAGGCUCAGUGUGUGUUGCCCUGUAACAGCAUGCAUGUUGUGCGUGUCUUUUUGUAAUGCUAUUCCAUGUGUUGUUAUCACUGUGGGUGUGUGAGAGUCGACACCUUUGUCUCAUGUCGUCUGAGACCAGAGCCCAGCAGGUUGGAAACCCUCUUCCUAGACUGCUAUUCUACAUAUUCGGGGGUUUAGUGAUGAAAAGGUUUGUUUACGGGAAGAAUGUUGAAAAUGUGGAAUCACUGGGUGGGAAACAAUCUUUAUUGCAACUUAAGCUAAGGAACAAAAACACCAAUAAAAGUCUACCGAUGUCCACGGAGUAUAUGAGCAUGAUGACAACAGGGAUCUCCUUCGCUUCUUCCUGUAAAUAUUUCUAAGAGCUACUCUGUGACUGAAGGUCCUGGAUCAGGGUAACAGUAAAGUUUGGUUAACGGGAUGUUGCAUUGCAUCCUGGGAGUAUAAUCGGUCGCGCCAAGAAACUGCAGCUUGGUGUGACGGGAUGGGCGGGGGGGUGGGACCAACUCAACGACAGUGAAAUCAACGGAGGGGCAACGUAACCAUGACACUCCCUAACAUUUAAGGAGGCUGAUGAGGAAUCAGAUUUGGGGCUAUGCUUGAUUUGUGUGUGUGUGUGUGU